UCUCCUAAAAACGGUUUUUAUUGAAAAACGUGUUAAUUCAGACCAUCUGACGCACGUGACGCCAAAAAUUCAAACAAACCCUUGGGGCAUUUGUUGAAUCUGUGAGGGCCAACUUGCAAGUCCGACCCGCAACACAACGAUGCAGCACCAUCGGGUGAUCUUGUCAUCCGAGGACGAGGAAGGUAUCUACAAGGCUCUCAUGAAGCAAGUGCAGACUUCCAUCCUCACAACACCGGCCAUACGCCUCGUCCACGCGACACGACAGGAGGGGUAUCGCCUCUACGAGCAACACCAUGGCGUUCGCGUGUACACGCGCAAGUCAGCGUCUGGCGGGGAAGAGACCAUGUCUGUGAGUUACAGCCAGAACCACCUCACAUUUGAAAACCUCGUGUACCUCCUCUUGGCACCAUCGACCGAAGAACAUCGGAUACAGCAAACGUUGUUUCAUGAUGACGCAUUCCUCGACGGAUGUGUCCUCAGCACAGUGUUAUCCCCCACCGACGAGGAUCCGUUUCAAUGGUACGGCCUCAAGUACACCAAGAUGGCGCUGUCGUCGUACCGUUUUGUCGACCCCCGCGACCUCUGCUACGUCGAGAUCUCAGGAACAACGAUCAAUAUGGAAGGUAACACCGUACUGUACGUAAUGCGGGAAUCGAUGACCCUCAACUCGGUGCCGCUUGUGCCUGAUGCCAUCCGCGGCCGCGUCAAGUCGCUCAGUCUGCACACCGAAUGCCCCAACGGCACAAUCGAGCAUGUCCAUUUUUCGUACCUGAAUCCAUUCGGAUCGGUCCCUGCCUUUCUAUUCAAACCGACCCAGCUUCGCAUGAACACGCUCGUGGAGCGGUACGCCGAGCUCAUUCACUUCAAGCGCAUGCUGGAGCUGUCCAAGCACUGCACCACCUUUUUCCCCCACAGCCAGUACGUCGUAUCUAUUGUUGCGUCCUAUGACGUGGCACGCUCGUGUGCAUCAUCCAAACUUAGAAAAGCGUGUGGAUCGUGCGACCGGUCGUUUUGGGCCCUCAUGACACGGUAUUAUUGCCGGUCGUGUGGCGAGGUACAUGUCGUCCUCCUCUUGUGGACAGCAAAGUCGGUGACGUUAUCGUGGUGUAAAGGUGAUCUGUGGCAACUGUGCGAUUUUCAUUCCCCGGCCCAAAGAACAGCUCUUCCAGACGCAUUUGAGCGUGGUUAAAGAAGAGUAUUGCAAAACUUGCUACCUCCACGUGCGCGGCCCCACGUCGUCUUCGAUGACGUCGUCGUCCAGCAUUGGCGGUACGUGUUCCUUUCAACAAAGCGAUGGACGUCAUGGCAGGCCCGACGUAGGGGGCGCCACGUUUAUGCUGUCGUCGCGCCACUUUCCCAAAGAUUCAGAGACGACGUACCAAUCGAAUCGAUCGCUGCUGUCCAUGCCCACCUCCCGUCGCGGCUACAAGACUCCAUCAACAAAGCAGGCCACGCUGUCGAUGAUCCCACCUCUGCGAGGUUAACUUAACACCCUACGUUCGUUGCGACGAGUUGCUGGCCCCUGAAAUCCCUCAUCUACUGUAGUACAAACUGUACGUGCAUUCGCAGCAGCAUGAUAACACUCACACAAGCAAUGUUGCAUCUGGA